CGUGGCCAGCGGCCUGCGCUGCGGCUCAAUCGGCAGCCGGUCGCCGCUGAACUUCGUUACUUCGAGGCGCUCUUCUGACGCUGAGAUGGCUGUCGACUGCUGGUCGAUGUGUGUGUCAGUGGUGCUGGCCGCCACUACGCUCUUCAUCUUAUGGUGGCGCCGCUACGUCGGCAGCUUCUCUCGCCGCGGGAUCCCGUACGCCACGCCCCUGCCUGUGGUGGGCAACAUGGUGGAGGUGCUGCUCAACAGGAAGUCCGUGCCCGACGUCCUCAUCGACCUGUACCACAAGAUGGAGCCGCACCCCUACGCAGGCGCCUUCUCGUUCAUGAUCCCUCUUGUGAUGGUCAGAGAUCCCGACCUGAUACGCACCAUCACCGUCAAGGACUUUGACCACUUUACCGACCACAUGGACUUCAUCAACGCAGACAGAAACAAUCUCCUGUCACAGCGGAUGCUUCUUGCAUUGAAAGGAAAGGAAUGGCAUGAUAUGCGAACUACGCUCAGCCCUGCUUUUACUACGAUGAAAAUGAAGAAUAUGUUCAUGCUGAUGACAGAGAUUGGACAGCAGAUCAUUGCUUAUUUAGAUGGUCAAACUGCCGAUUGCGAAGUUUCCGCCGGGAAGGAGAAUUUGCUCACACUGGACAUGAAGGACUUCUUCACACGCGUCACUAAUGACGUCAUUGCAACCACAGCGUUCGGUGUCAAAGUGGACUCGCUGUCGGAACCGCAGAACUCGUUCUACCGGAUGGGCCGCGAGCUCACAAACAUCAAACUGACGGCCGUCGGCUAUCUGCUGUCUCCGAAACUCAUGCAGCUUCUAGGAAUACCCCUUCUCGACCGGAGUGCAACAGAGUUCUUCAGAUCCAUGGUUAUCGAAACCAUUGAGACCCGUGAAAAGCAAGGCAUCGUUCGUCCCGACGUCAUCCAUUUGCUCAUGCAGGCGCGUCGUGGCGAACUGAACUCAGAAGACGCGGACAAGGAGGGAAGCACUGAACCCAAAGGAAAACGUCUCAGCAACGACGAUAUCGCGGCACAAGCAAUUCUGUUCUUCUUCGGUGGUUUCGAAACGGUGUCGACGGUGAUGACUUUCUGCAGCUACCUGCUGGCGACGAACGAGGACGUCCAGACGAGGCUGCAGCAGGAGGUGGACGAAGUCAUGAAGAAGAGCGGCGGGCGGCCCGACUAUGAGCAGGUCAUGGGCUGCCAGUACCUCGAUAUGGUCAUCUCCGAAACACUACGGAUGUACACGCCAGGUGUGGCGCUGGACAGGGUGUGUGUGCACCCCUACCAGCUGCCGGACACGGAGGUGUGCCGAGGCGUCCACGUGAGGCCAGGCGAGAUCAUCUGGAUUCCUGUACACGCCAUCCACCGCGACCCAAAGUACUUCCCAGACCCAGAAAGUUUCGACCCGGAACGCUUCAGUCCGGAGAACAAGCACCGCAUCAAGCCCUUCACAUACUUCCCUUUCGGCGCCGGACCUCGCAUUUGCAUUGCCCAGAGGUUCGCGUUGAUGGAGGCGAAGGUGGUACUCCUGUACUUGAUGUCCAAGUUCAGCUUCCAGGUAGUCGCCAAGACACCGGUGCCUCUGAAGAUACAGCCAAACAAGCUCAAUCUCUCUAUCAAGGGUGGCGCCUGGAUUGGCGUGCGGCGUAGAUUUUGAUCAGAAAAUUAUUACAUGUCGUUCCACAUGAAUGUGAGAGGGAAGAAAAUCUGACUUUCUUGAAUUAAUUCGAAAACACUACUCUGUACACACGGCUGCGAUAACGCAACUGACAACUGUCUGUUAACCUCACAAAUAUGUGUCCCACCACGUUAUACAUUGGUCGAAAAGAAUGCAUUAUUUAUAUUGAUAUGUUAUUCUGUAACACACAUUUCCUUUUUUCCCUUCUCCACUUUUUUUAAAGGAAAUUAACACAAAAUUCACAUGUUUCCCGCCUCCGUAGGCGCCGUCUGUAGCGUAUUCUUUUCAGUCGGAGGUAGGCGGUUAGAAAACUGUUACUGAAAAACGAUUAUCACCAGUAUUCGAACAGCAAGGCUUGAAAAGAUAGGGGCAUAAGGAUUCUGAUAACGAGACUACAGGAAAAUCCUGGUUGAAAUUAGAAUGUCCUCGCAGGAGGAAUGAUGACAUGCGACAUUUUGACGAUCCGUCCUCCAGCAGCCCCCCCCUCCCCUCCCCUCCAAUUGUGCUUUCCUAAGUGAGCAAUACCCGCACCGGCACUGUGGUUCACUCUCUCCUUUGUCUCAUCGUCAUAAACAACACAAACACGACUUUACGCUAUAAAGAAUGUUAUAGAAUCUUUGUGUCAACUAGCGACAGCUAAAUACCUCGAAAAUGACGCAUGGUACGGAAAAAAUGUUCUGGAUGAAAGAAAAUAUUAGUAAAGGGGAGAUCUAUUCAGUGACGUAUGGUCGAUACGACAAAAAAUACAACCACUGGGAACUGCGACAACGAGCAUCUCUGGACUUAAAGUGAGUUUCAGCGUUGCUAAGUUCCUACCGAACGCCGACGUGGCAGUUGAGGGGUCUCCUGAAAAGAAUCGAGAGCCCAGUAUUUACAGUCGCGUCUCGGUCAGAAUUAUUCUGCCAAGUGCUGCUAGGUGUAUCGAAUAGUAAUUCGUGAAGACGGUAUAUCGUCUGAGCUACAAGUGGCCACUUUCCAACCACCCCUCCUGUGUGGGUGUCACCAACUUGGUAUUUUCUAACGGAAAUCACCGAUUUUUUGUCGCACAUUCGGAUUAUACUCCUAAUAAAUACUUACGAUUUACUCAAACAGUUCUUUUCCAUUCAAGGUGAGUGACGCUGUAAUCGACAAAUAUCAAGCGUGUCCAUUUUUACAAAUACGAAUCGAUGCAUUUGAUUCUACACUUCAUUUGUGAUAUAAAUGUAAACCUUUAUUUUCUGACGGUAGAUAUUUGUGCUUGAAGUUUACUUUAGCGUUGCAAAUGUGGUUGUACAGUACAGUAUGGUUAGCUGCUUCAAUGUCCGUUUAGAAACUAUGCUUAGCAUGAUCCAGGAACAACGACGUGGAUGUAAUAGUAUUGUGUUCCCAUCGGGAUGAUUUUGGUGAGCCGCCUUGUCUCGCAUCAAUCGCGUGCUUCACUUUGGUGAGUAACCACGGCAGCUGCGCCUGCCACAGUCACUUCACAGAUGUUGCACCUUGUUGCUGUCGUUUUGACAGCCUCGUAGUGGCCAGCGCGAGAGUUACGGCAGUUGGAUGAAAACACACUGACGCGUCCCAGACGUGAGUGUUGCUUGGGACUGGGCGACAGAGUUCGGAGAAAACGGGAAUAGUGGGUCAGUCUGAGUGUGUGAGAGAGAGAGAGAGAGAGAGAGAGAGAGAGAGAGAGAGAGAGAGAGAGAGAAUAUCUUGACCUCACUAUGUUGUUAAAAUUUCCUUACUACAAAAGGCAAGGAUUGGAAUCAGUACAGAAUGAUGAACACUGUGAGAGUCUUACAACUUUUGACUUUAUUCAGAGAAUAUUCUCAACCUAGCACACAUUUGCUCUAAAUGAGUUGCAUUCACGGAAGACCAAGUCUUUAUACAGAGACGGUGUCUGUUAAAAUAACAUACCAGCACUGACUACGUUAGCACCCCCGACAUGACACGCAGGAGUCCUCAGCCACCCAGCUAGAACUCCAUCUGCUGUUCCGAGCUGCUGCAGAUAACCCUGCUCGGCAAAUAGCUUCGGCUGUUUCUCCCAGUACUCUAUCUCCCCACUUCCGCUACGACCUGCCCGGCCUAUCUGUCCCCUACUCCUGUCCCUCUAACUGCCGUCACUCUCUCCUUGGAGGGUCUGCAUCCGAGUUUUAAUCACUUCCCCUCUCGGCUCCGCCAGUCCCUGACUUUGCAUUACGCUGAAGGGCCCUUGCCAACACUGUUUUUCCAAAGGUGUGUAGAGACGGGGGGGGGGGGGGGGUGAGGAGGGGUCUGUUGCAAAUUCAUGUCCUGUUCCUGCUAUAGGCUCUUCAUGACGUAUAUGUGCCCCUUCCUGAUACUCUCUCCAUUAUCCCCUUCUUAACCUCGCUUUGAAACGAUAUUUUAUGUCUUGCAGUGUUAUUUCUUAAGCGCGGCUGGCGUCUUUAUGGCGCCACCAGCUGAAAAUAUUUCUUUCUACGUGACUUGAGGCAUCUGAUAUUUUGUGUAAGCCUUUUGUUGUGCUCUGUCGUUUACAACUGCCUCUCUGACUUGUAACUUUUCCCUCGUUAUGCUCGUGAAGCUUUCACCUGUUACCAACUCCUAAUACGUGGCUGUCACAUCCGGGAUACAAGACAACAAACCGGAAUCAGUCACCCUGAUGGUGAAGUUCGAGGACGGCCUCUGAAAUGAAGCUUAUAUGCAAGAAAUGACAAUGUCUGUUCAGAUUAUUCGUACUGUUCCCUCACAUUUGCCACAUUCAUCUAACAUUUCAGCAUCAACAUCAACCGUUAGAACACAGAAGUAAAGGAAAUGUAGAAACACUUAAUUGCAAAAAAAAAGUGCUCUUGACAUUUGUGGAUUACAGCGUGCAGCGCCAGCUACCACGAUUGGGAGACAAUGGUUUGAGUAAAUCGUGUUUAUGUUUGGCGUACAAUCUGGAUAUGGAAUCCACUUGAAAAUAAGAAGGAGGGGUGGUACGAAUGUGGCCAGUUGUACGAUACGUGUGACCCGUUACUGUUAUUAACUUGCCAUCUAGAACAUUUUCUUCGUACGGUGCAUCGCUUGAGACAUUUAGUGGUCUUAAUUUAAAACAAAACCCGGAACACACUAUCAUUAUAGUCACUUGUACGAAACAGAUAGCCUUAACUCAUCCGUUAUUCGUUCUAAGUAACGAAUUUCAUAAUAUUUGCUACAGACCGCAAUCUACACGAUUCCAUAAACGUCAACAGAAAUGUGUAUAACAUAGGUGGCACCUUGUUACAGUAGUGCUGUGUCGACCUCGCGCACGGUACACAGCUCAGUCCAGAGAGGGCCUAACCAGGCAGGCAGUCUUCAGCGUGGCGCCGCGUAGUUACGAUCAGUCGCUACAUAUGUGGCGCAGCCAACUUGAACCUUAUUUUGCUUCCGCUGCACGACUCACAAAUGCUCCGCUCCAUCCGCCAAUAGCUAUAUCAACCUCCACAGAGGGCGCCAGUGUCGGGGACCACUUGCUACUUCCUCCAUUAGAUAAGAGUGGACAUCCCUCCACCAUUCGCGGAUGAAGCGCACCCACCGCUUCGCUCAGUAGACCCGUCAGCUGUCGACCAGUUCCGGCUGCCCAACAGUUACCGGCAGUUGCUGCAGUUACGGCCCAGUAGCUGUUCACAGCUCGUCAUCGGGCAGUCAGCGCUGAUUGUCAAAGUGUUCGACUUUAUUCGGUCCUGAAUCAUAAACACUUUACACCAUUCCAGACUAAACAACUAUCACACUAAUCAGCCAACACCAGUGUUCACAACUUUCAUUUCAGUGCCACUCGUCUUCAUCGUGCAAAGCGUGUAAUUUAUUUUAAUAAACGACUGUUACUUGUUUCAUA